AUGCCUUCGCCCCAAAGCAUAUGGCUCCUUUUUCUGGCUUCGGGGCUGCCGUUACUUCAGGUGCUUGGCGCACAAGAGACCAGUCCAGCUCGCCAACAUAUGCUUGAAAAGCGCAGCUUUUGUGCGAUUCCCAACAAACGCAAGGGUUGUACGGUCUGGAAAGUGGAUGCAUGCUGUCAAGCUUGUUGCCACGAAUAUCUUUACGAUGGUGCCCCGGCCUACUGGGGUGAAGCGUGCAAAUGUCCUCCAAGAUACCCGCCGCCCCCACCCACCCAUACCGUUGUGGUCGUACAACAACCGGCACCGGCACCACCACCGCCGCCACCACCACCACCACCGCCGCCGCCGCCGCGCCUCUCCCUAUCACGCCACCACCACCACCUGCUCAAGGUCCAACUACAGUGGUGA